GCGCCACGCGCGCGCGCUCGCCACCGUGCGCCCGCUGCAGCAACACCUCGCGCAACUGCGCAGAAAUCUGGAAGAGGCAGAAAACCAGAUGUCAGCCCUGUCGACGGGGCUGGAGAGUGUGUCGGAACGCGUGGCGGCGCUGAAGGAGCAGCUGGGGCGGCACACGCGCGACGCCGCCGCGCUGGAGCUGCGCCUCGGUGACGUCACGCGCACCAUCGCCGCCGCCACGCACAUGCUGCGCCAGCUCGCGCACGAGUACCGCCGCUGGGAACUCGACUUGGAGAAUAUAUCGAAGGAAAUAUCUGAAUUGAACACAAGAUCACUAUUAGCUGCCGCCUAUAUUGUUUAUUUACCAGACGUAACAGAACCAGAAGCAAGAGAUUACUUAAAGAUGUGGAGUGAUCUUAUAGGAUAUGAAGAUGAUGGGUUUUCUGUAAUAAAUUUCUUAUCAACAACGGAAAAACAAUUAAAAUGGGACGCGGACGGACUUUCUUCUGAUACUUCUGCAAUAAAAAAUGCCAUAUUUAUAGAUCAGUUCCUGGAGUCGCACAAGUGUGGUUUCACACCGCUCAUCGUGGACCCAGACGGUGAUGGCAUCGCGUGGCUCAAGAACACGCUCUCUCACUUGCCCUGUGACGUCGUAUCGCAGAGUAGCAGCACGUUGUUGACGGCGGUGCAGUAUGCUGUCAGGCUUAACCGCAUCCUGAUAGUAACUGACGUGGACCGCGUGCACGAGUCAUGGUCGGCGCUGCUGUUCGGGCUGCCACUGUCAGGCGCGGCGGGCGGCGCGCAUGCGCGGCUCGUCCUGCACUGCCGCGACGAAACGCUGCCCGCGCGCCUGCCCGCGCACUACACCGCGCGUAUCUCAACGCUCUACUUCACCGCCAGGCUCGAUGGACUCACUGAUCAACUGAUCUACUAUGCACUCCAACAUCACAAUCCGGAAGUGAACGAGAAAGCCAAAGAGAUCAAGGCGAACAAAGCCGUGUUACAAAAGCAACAACAUGAGCUACAGGAAAGUCUUCUACAAAAUCUGUCUGGCAAAACGGACAUCCUGCACGACCCGCAGCUGGCGGAGUCGUUGGAGGCGGCGCGCGAGACGAGCAACACGAUCAGUGCGGCGCUGGAGGCGGCGCGCGACGUGCACUUGGCGCAGCGCGGCGCGCUCGCGGCCUACAGCGCCAGCGCGCGCGGCCGCCGCCUCGCCUUGCGCUCGCCGUGCGCGCGCUUGCGCAGCUGGCCGCGCGCCGCACUGCCCACUGACGCUCUGCUGCACAUUUAUGCUGAGGCUACGAAAGCCUCUGGAAAACAAAGUGAUGUGGAUACAGAAGUAGUUGUGAAAUUGGUUACACGAAAAGUUAUAGAAAGAGUGGUCUUGGGUCUUUAUAAAAAAGACAAAUACAUCAUAAUUUUGCAUCUUCUAAAAGAAGUCUAUGGUGACCUCAUAACGAAUAAGCUGUGGCAAUUAUUUAUCGGCAAUAAUGAAGUCGCUGAUGAUAUUCACAAAAUCAAUGAAGUGAAAAAGUCUUAUUCAUGGAUACCGGACGAUUGUAUAAAGAAUGUUGUAAAACUAAAGGUAUCCAGUGAAGAUCUAUUCGACAAGCUUUCGUUAAAUAAUGAAAAAAUGUGGAAAGAAUUCAUGCAAUCAGGGGAUUUGAACAUAAAUUUGGAAAAUUGGGAGUUAUCAUCGUUUGAGACAGUCAUAACGGUAGCAUUGAUUCGUCCGGACAGCCUAUACGGAGCUGUAGUCGCAUUCGUCAAUCAAGUGUUAGUGCAAAUAGCAGCUUUACACCGACCUAUCGUUUUACUAUGUAGUAUCUCAUUUGAUUAUCAGGUGGGGGUAGAAGAGGGUAGAGCUGCGUGGGAGUCGGCGCUGGAGACGAGCCGUGGUGGCGGAUGGCUCGUGCUGCUCGUGGGCGCGUCUCCCUUCACCCCCGAUCUGCAGUCAUUUCUUACUUCUGUCACUGAAGCGCCGAGCGAACAGUUUAACGAAGAUUUUCGCCUGUGGAUCGUGUGCGAGGACAGAGAAGUUCCUCCACUUAUAUCAAGUGCAUGCGUUAAUGUUAUACUUGAGCCACCAGAAGGCGUGAAAAACAAUGUGAUGAACACGUUGUCCGCGUGGAAUGGCUACGAGGACGAUCCGGAGAAGGUGCGCGCGCACGCCACUCUUGCGCUCUUCCACGCCAUCGUGCAGGAGCGCCGCGCUUACAUACCACAAGGUUGGUCGCGUUGGUACGCGUGGGAGUGGGGCGAGGCGGCGGCGAGUGCGCGCGCGUUGCGCGAGGGAGGCGCGCGGGCGGGGGCCGCGCUGUGCACCUCGCUGUACGCGGCGCGCGUGUCCGAGCCCGCCGACUACGCGUUGCUGCACGCACUGCAUGCGCGUGCGCACGACGCCACACCUGCUGAGCCGCACCAACACACGCGCGCGUUGAAGUCGUAUAUAGCAGCAUUCGACAACACGCCGAACAUGGACUCACCUCAAAUGCUAGGGUUGCCCGCUAACUGUCGUAUAGCUUGGGAGAGAAACGCAGCCAAUCAUAUUAUCAGCGGAUUAAAAGAAUUGAAUUCAACAAUAAGCGUGAAUCGCAAUGGCGAUAAUGUAGCGCAGUUGAAAUCUUUACUGGCGUUGUGGAGGAAAUUAAUGACCGGCAGCCCACUCAUCAAAGGAGACUAUUCCCUCGAAAAGGAGAGAGAGCGCGGGUGGUGCGGGUGGUGGCGCAGCGCGUGCGGCGCCGAGGUGGCGCAGGCGGCGCGCGCGGCGCGGCUCCUGCACGGCGCCUGCGCCGCGCUCGCGCCGCCUCCCCGCGCGCCGCAGCACUCACAUGCACAAGGUAUGCACUACAUACACGUGUCGCACGGGCAACCGAUCACGAAUCAAACAUUACCUGGCUUCGGCAAUCGGGUGAAGGACCCUCGCAAAGAUCUGCCGCUCGAAGCUUCUCUAAUCCAGGUGCCUGAGGAAUGGCAGUUAUUGUGGCCGGGCCCUGAAACUCCUGAGACCUACAUCAAAGAGUUUUGUUACCGCGCGCACGCCGCCGUCGCCCGACUGGAAGCUUGUAAUGAUGAUCCCGACUUCAUGCCUGCCGAGCUAGAGCUGCGGUCGUGGUUGAGCGCGCGGCGCGUGUGCGGAGCGCGCGCGCGCAGGCGGCAGCGGCUGGCGCGCGCGCCGCACCUCCUCGGCCUGCGCGCCCUGCCCGCAGAGACACCGAGGAACAGCUGAGGGCAGCGAUGGGCCCGUGUUGACUGGGCUAGUGCUGGGGGGCGCGGAGUGGGGCGCGGAGGGGGUGCGCGCCGCGGCCGCCCGCACGCCGCGACACACCGCCGCUCCGCCCUUCGUCUUACGCUGCGUACCGGCGGAGGACAAUGACGUGGCGGGCGAAGGCGCGGUGGAGGUGCCGGUGUACAGCGAGGAGGGUCGCGCGGAGGUGGUGGUGUGGGCGCGAGUGCCGCUGGAGCGCGGGUUCGCGCGCCGCGCCGCCGCGCUGCACGCGCUGGCGCUGUACUAGCGCCGCGCACCACAGUACCCAUCACAUACUUAUUAUAAGAGUACCUUGUUCUGGGCAUCGUCAAAAAAUAUUAUUACAAAAAAGUUACUGUUCUAAGUCUUCGGGGAAAAAAGUCUAGUCAAAAGUGAUAUUAAUAUCCAUGGAUAAUUUCAAUAUUACGUGUUUUUAUUGUCCUGAGUUUGUAGCUAUUCUAAAAAUAUUAGACAAUUUUAUAUUGUUUAUUAGCUAUGUUACCACAGAUACACAUAAUCUAAAAUACUAAAAACUGCACACAUCUUAAUUUAGGUACUGUCAGUUUCAAUAGCUAAUGUAAUCGACUUUAUAUUGUAUAAAAAAAAAUUGCCCAAAAUUUUUAACGAUUCCGACUUUGAGAUUGAAUAUUAAUGUAUAUUUAAGUUACACAGUAGCAUACUUUUUGUCAAUAUUUUUAGAAGCAUUUGGCUACAUUACACAACACAUACACACAACGAUUUACAAUAAAAAAUGUAUUCGGCGUCUCAACUGAGGAUUAUUAUUUUAACCUUAAUAUACUAUGAUAGAAAAGAAAAACGAUUACUUUAGUGGUUUUAAGCUUUUAUUGAAUAAAUUGUUUCCCUGUAAUAAUAAAUAAAUGUUGUUUAUGUAGGUAUUAUACACGUGUUCCAUAUACUUUCAAAUCAAUGCACUCUACCGAAAUGUAAUCGCCAAAUUAGGUACGACUAACAAGCUAAGUUUAGUUGAAAUAUUAUUUUACUUUAUCUGCAAUACAAUAUAUGCACUGCAACAGAGGCGUAGUUGUAUUACGGUAUAACUGCCGUGCCGAGGUCUUGGUCUCGGUUGGGGGCUCCGCCAAGAUUAGGUUUAGGGAGGUGCAUAUGUAAAAACGCGCUAUACUACAUAAUGUCAUUAAUCCUCCAAGAUUAGGUUUAGGGAGGUGCAUGUGUAACAACGCGCUAUACUACAUAAUGUCAUUAAUCCGCCAAGAUUAGGUUUAGGGAGGUGCAUGUGUAACAACGCGCUAUACUACAUAAUGUCAUUAAUCCGCCAAGAUUAGGUUUAGGGAGGUGCAUGUGUAACAACGCGCUAUACUACAUAAUGUCAUUAAUCCGCCAAGAUUAGGUUUAGGGAGGUGCAUGUGUAACAACGCGCUAUACUACAUAAUGUCAUUAAUCCUCCAAGAUUAGGUUUAGGGAGGUGCAUGUGUAACAACGCGCUAUACUACAUAAUGUCAUUAAUCCGCCAAGAUUAGGUUUAGGGAGGUGCAUGUGUAACAACGCGCUAUACUACAUAAUGUCAUUAAUCCGCCAAGAUUAGGUUUAGGGAGGUGCAUGUGUAACAACGCGCUAUACUACAUAAUGUUAUUAAUCCGCCAAGAUUAGGUUUAGGGAGGUGCAUGUGUAACAACGCGCUAUACUACAUAAUGUCAUUAAGAUUUUUUUAAAAUUCAAAUCGCAUGGGAUUUAUAAAAUGCUGUACUUAUCAUAAAAAAACCUCUGUGGUCCAUAGUGCCCAUUGUUGCAGAUUUAUUGUGACUAAUAUUUUUGUGAUUUAUUUAUUUAUUUAUUUGGACAACCAACAAAACAUACACCAUACAUAACUAUUUGUAACAUUACAGUAAAUAAUUGUUGCAGUGCAGUUUUAAUUACAGGCUGUCACAGCAUGAACAUCUUAUUACAUACCAGUAAACAAUUGGCUGCACCAUAAGUGCAAUAUAUUUAUUCUGAGCAGAGGUGCAAAUGCACCUAUUUGAAACCCCUUCUGGCGCACAUAUAUGUGUACAAUAAAGUGUUCAUCAAAGAAGAAAAAUAAUGUUGCCAAGAAAACAAAAGUACCUUAUAAGAAUGAAAUAUUCAGUUAAAUGUGAAUAAUUUUAAUUUAAAUAAAUAAAACGUCAAAUUUUCAUUACAAUUGAUGCAGUGGCCUUAUGCAUAAUGACCUGUAUAAAAAAAGGUUGAGUACUAUAUUAGUGAUUAUUCCUAUUAUACAUAAGAAUUUGAAGAACAUGUUUCAAUUUAUCAUAAAACAGUAUCAAUCAAACAAUAGCAUUUUUUAUCAACAAUAUUCACGAACCAUUUCAUAAGAUAUUUAAAAAAAUAAUAAAAAACGUACCCGUUGUGUUGUGUUAUGAUUCAAGAGUAGUGUGGACAUGCAAUACAAAGCAUCGUCUUAUUAGAGCCUAGAGCGGGUUUAGUAAUCAAGAGACGACAGUAGUGGUUUAGUAAGCACCGAGAGGUGCAGUAAAGUGAGUUUAUUGAGGCCUUGAAAAAAAAAGACAUUAUCUUACAUGCGUUUUUUAUUUAUUCCAAUAAAAGCAUAACAUGUUACACCAUUGUCUGGGUACAAUAAAGUACAUUUUAUUUUAAAAAAUUAAAGAUGUACUUAAAAAAAAUAUGUGCGUGGAAUAAAAUAUGUAGAUCUACAAGGGUUUUAAUGAACGUGGGUGACAAUUGUUGAAGGGCACUAGUAAACACUGAAUGCAACAAGAAUUAAACUUUAACCAGAUUAAUAAGAAAAAAA